AUGUUUGUUAAUUAUUUAUCUCACCUUGAUGAUUCAGUUGAACUCAAUAAGCACAAAAAUAUUCAAUCUAGCAGAAUUCCAUUGAAAGUUAUCAAAGAGCAUUUACGACAGCCAUUUAGAUACAGCUUGUCAAUAUCUCCUCAUAAUGCUACAUGUAGACUUCCACAGAUAUCAAGCCACAGACUGAAAAUUUCAGUCGAUAUAAAUGAUUUUUCAAAUGAUUUAAGCAUAAAUAUUGAAAAAGAAAAAAAAUUGCCUUCUAUUACACCUAUAUCAAUGCAUAGUAAGCGUAAAUCAAGAAUUAAAAUUUUUAAACAGCUUGAAAAUAUAGAAAAAGAAGACGCUGAAAAUGAAAGCCCUAUUCAUCAAAGACUUCGCCCAAGACUAAACAAAGAAUUUUUGUAA